AUUUCCGGACGUGGAUCGUCAUUUAUUAGGGAAUUGUUCAGUAUCAUCGCCAUUGUAUCAAGGGGUCCUUUGUUGUAUAUCAAAAUAAUUCAAAACUUAAUUUUCUUUAUUUACGUUUAACUAAAGCGCCUCGAGAUUUUCCUUGUGUUAAAGAUGUUCGUCCAAAGGGAAAGUAGACGCUAACCUGGAUCCGACCGUUACUACACUUUUGAACCCGCUAACCUCCUCUCACUUCAGUCAUCUCAGCUCUGCUGCUGUUAUGGGCGCCAUUCAGCUGCUCUUUUUCGCCUUUGUGCUGACAGCAUGGUCAGCUGUCGGAGACCAAGAGGAACCCACUCACGUAGACGGAGCUCCGCCUUCAAAAAUAGCUGUGGUUGGAGCUGGGAUUGGAGGGAGUGCUACUGCCCACUUCCUACGGCAACACUUUGGCCCUGAGGUGCAGGUGGAUGUGUUUGAGAAGGGUAAGGUUGGAGGCCGUCUUGCCACCGUAACUGUCAAUCACAAUGACUAUGAGUCAGGAGGCUCCAUCAUUCACUCCCUCAACCUCCACAUGCAGGAGUUUGUCAAACAGCUAGGUUUGAGAUAUCGUCGCAAUGUGGCAGGAAAGAUGGCAGUUUUUAAUGGAGAAGAGGUCAUACUGGAGGAGACAGACUGGUACCUGCUGGACCUUUUCCGCCUGUGGUGGCGCUACGGAAUCAGCUUCAUACGCCUGCAGAUGUGGGUGGAAGAGAUUAUGGAGAAAUUUAUGAGAAUAUAUAAGUACCAGGCCCAUGGCUAUGCCUUCAGCUCAGUAGAGGAACUUCUGGACUCUCUUGGAGGCAGCGGCUUCAUCAACAUGACCAGGAGGCCACUCUCUGAUUCACUGCUGGAGCUGGGUGUGUCGCAGCGCUUCAUAGAUGAGGUCAUCGCACCUGUUAUGAGGAUCAACUACGGACAGAAUGUCAGCAUCCCUGCUUUUGUAGGCGCUGUUUCCUUAGCUGGUGCCCAGAACAACUUGUGGGCGGUGGAAGGAGGCAACAAGCUGGUAUGUUCUGGCCUGCUGAAAAUGGCUAAUGCUAACCUGCUACAGGCACAAGUUAACUCCAUCUCCCCCAUCCACUCAGGAGAGGCCCUCCAGUACCAGCUGAACUUCACCACAGUAGCAGGAAAGGGAUCAGAGCUGUACGACAUUGUUGUGUUGGCGACUCCACUCCAGGCCAGUGUUGGGUCUGGACUCCAGUUUGAGGGUUUCACGCCUCCCUUCGACGAAUUACCCGGAAACUAUCACAGCACUGUAGCAACCAUUGUUCACGGUUACCUCAACACGUCUGUCUUUGGUUUCCCAGACCCCCGCCUUUUUCCAUUUGCCAGCGUUCUGACUACUGAGACACCCAGUUUGUUUUUUAACAGUGUGGCCAGCGUUUGUCCCGUCAACAUCUCAGCAGGCUUUCGGCGUAAGCAGCCACAAGAGGCCGGAGUCUACAAGGUGUUCUCGCCACAACCGCUGGACAAGUCGCAGCUUAAAUCGCUCUUCAGGUCGUACUACUCUGUGCAGGUGACUGAGUGGCAGGCUUACCCUCACUAUGGCAGCAGCCAAGGACUGCCGCCAGUGGAGCUACACCCCAACCUCUACUACCUCAAUGGCAUCGAGUGGGCCGGCAGCGCCAUGGAGAUGAGCUCAGUGGCGGCUAAGAACAUCGCUCUGCUGGCAUACCACCGCUGGAACAGACAAACUGACAUGGUGGACCAGAAAGACCUGAUGCACAGAAUCAAGACUGAGCUAUGAUCCGGUCAAUUGAAAGCCAAGACAUUUUUCAACAUACAAAUCAAAGUGUUGACACAGCAAAUUGACUAUAUGUAAAAGCAAUAGAUAGCACACAUAUGGAGAUUAAGGCCAAGGUUGACCAAUGUCAGGUUAUUAUGGGGCUAUUAUGGCCAUGUCAACAACCAUGCAUACAUCUGGCUUGGCGAUCUUCAUCAAAGAUUAAUACAGUUUAAUUUAGACAAUCUGGCCUGCAGAAAAAAACUCACCUAAGACUUGUUUAAUGGCAUCAUUAGAUACAAAUGUUAUCCUUCACUGAUUUUCAAAGGCCUGUUUAAUUUUGUUAUUUCACCCAUUAAGUCGGUUACACAGGUGAAAAGACAUAAGGCAUGUUACGCUUUUAGUUUGGGGAAUCAAUAGUGCGAAUUUUUAGUUUUCAUCCAAAAAUUGCUACGCUCUUUGCUACAAAAAUGUGAAUACCAAACAACCAGAUGGUUUCUGCACUGCAUCGCAAAAGAAAGUUACGUGGACUGUUGAAUGGACAUUAUUUAUUGGAAGUGAGGUCAGAGGUACUUGUGUGUAAAUAAUGUAAAAAGUUAUGUCAAGAAAAUGCAGCUUUUGAAUGAAAUUAUUACAUGUUUGAUUAAUCUGUCAUGUUAUAAAACUUGCAGCAUUGCUCUGAUAAUGGACCUGCUGUCUGCACCACUGAGAUCUAAAAAGUUAUCUCAGUACGCCUGUUUUUAUUUUUAUUUUUUUAUUAUUUUGGUAAAUGAAUAAAAUAAUUAUGUGGUGACUCAGUGGCCAGUGGUGCUGUACUCUAUCGUCCCUUUCAUCACACUUUUCAUUAUCUUCCCUUCCUGCUGCUAUUGUUGCGUAAUCCAGCGGAAAGAAUUUUUUUAGGGAACGAAGCCAGCCAGCUUUCACACUGGACUGAAAAAAAGAACAGCAGAGGACAGGUCUGAGCUGCUGCUCGCGAUGCUUUUGUUUCAAGCAUGAAAGCCUUACUGGAAUCUUUUUAUUUCUCUCUAAUAAAGACUGAUCUUCUAAAUAAAUAAACCAUGUCAAGACUGAGUUGGGCGUUCACUUCUAGAUGGUUUCAGAACUUUGAGAAAAGUUUUGUUUUAUAAGCUGUUGAGUUGUUACAGUAGAGUCUUGCUGAAGUUGAUGUCUGGAUUUAGUAAAACUUUUGCUCAGCUGAUAACUGAAAACCUUGUGACUCCAAAGGGCUUCAGUUGAUGGAUAAUGUGAUUGUGUCUUGUGAUCAAAAAUCACCACAUCCCUUUAAUCUAAUGAAAUAGAUUUAAAAGCCCCAAAGUGAUGGACACUGCAGUGAACAAGCUAAUAUGGAGGUUGCUAAUCUUCUAAUCAACUUUUUUUUUUCCUUUUUUUUAAAUAUUUUUUUUAUUCUCAUUUAA